AUGGGGGACUUAAGUGGGCGCAAGGUGUUCAAAGUCUUCAAUCAAGACUUCGUUGUCGAUGAGAGAUACACCGUCACAAAAGAGUUGGGCCAAGGUGCUUAUGGCAUUGUCUGCGCCGCGACCAACUCCCAAACCGGCGAGGGAGUUGCCAUCAAGAAGGUCACAAAUGUCUUCAGCAAAAAGAUUCUUGCAAAGAGAGCUCUCCGUGAGAUCAAGCUCCUACAGCAUUUCCGGGGCCAUAGAAAUAUCACCUGUCUUUUUGACAUGGAUAUUCCCCGCCCGGACAAUUUCAACGAGACCUAUAUCUAUGAGGAACUCAUGGAGUGCGACUUGGCCGCCAUCAUCCGCUCUGGCCAGCCGCUAACAGACGCGCAUUUCCAAUCAUUCAUCUAUCAGAUUCUUUGCGGUCUCAAAUAUAUCCACUCCGCCAAUGUUCUGCACAGAGAUCUCAAACCGGGCAACCUGCUUGUCAAUGCUGACUGCGAGCUCAAGAUCUGCGAUUUUGGUCUGGCAAGAGGAUUCUCGCAAGAUCCAGAGGAAAACGCUGGUUACAUGACUGAGUAUGUCGCAACGAGAUGGUACCGUGCCCCGGAGAUUAUGUUGAGUUUCCAGAGUUACACCAAGGCCAUCGAUGUAUGGUCAGUGGGAUGUAUCUUGGCUGAGCUGCUAGGCGGACGCCCCUUCUUCAAAGGCCGCGACUAUGUCGAUCAGUUGAACCAGAUCCUCCACUACCUAGGCACGCCUAGUGAGGAGACGCUUUCGAGAAUAGGAUCCCCACGCGCUCAGGAAUACGUCCGGAAUCUGCCAUUCAUGCCAAAGAUCCCUUUCCAGAGGCUCUUCCCACAGGCUAACCCCGACGCCCUUGACUUGUUGGACCGUAUGCUGGCCUUCGAUCCCUCGUCGCGUAUCUCGGUCGAGGAAGCCCUCGAGCACAAAUAUUUGCACAUCUGGCAUGACGCAUCGGAUGAGCCGGCAUGUCCCAAGACCUUUGAUUUCUCGUUCGAAGUGGUUGAAGACGUGCAGGAGAUGCGGAAGAUGAUUCUUGAUGAAGUCAUGAGAUUCCGCCACCACGUCCGCCAUCAGCCAACUCAGACUCCCACCGGCGCCAAUAUAAAUGUGCCAAUUCCCGAGAACCCAGGCCAAUGGGCGAAGGGUGCUGAAGACCCCAGGCCCCAGGAGGCUGGUUCCUUUGUUGGCAAUGACCUCGAACAUGAACUGCAAGCGGGUUCGGACAGCGUAAUGAGACGAUAG